CAUCAUCCUUAUAGAGGCAAAAGAUGAAGAACGAUAUGCUUCUUACUCUGCUUUUGAGCACCGUAGCAUUCUCUUCGGCUGGCAUGGUUGGAGCUGUGGAACUACCAGGUUUCCUUAAAGGUGCCAUACCCGAACAAUUACAAGAUUUACCGUGGUAUGAACGGUCGUACGAGUUCACUUUGAUUCGUACACCCGUCAAAGUUAGACCGAUCGAUUUCAAGCUAGAAUCUCUAUUUCUCGGUAUCGCAUUCGUUUAUUUUAUCGCUCAUCUUAUCGGAAAAGCACGUAAUCGUGCAUUAGCAAAAGCAUGGUUAAAGACCGCAAUGCCUUUAUUGGAAGAUGAAUUCGCAUUUGUAGGAAAAGAAGAUGCACCUGCAGGACAUCAUUUUGGUACAGGAGAAGGAGAUGGAAAACUUGUCUGGAACGGCGGUGGUGAAGCAUUGGCAUAUGCAAGUGGUAGACGUGGCGUAGACGGUUUGCAAAUCCUGUUCCGCUUAACACCUUUUCAUGAUCCGUUUGAAUUGUUAUACACCUUCCUUUACAAUACCGCAACCGGAUCAUCCAAACCUGUGAUCAGUGAUACAAUCUCACUCACCUUCUUGUUGCCCUUCCAAUCUCCUGACAACAUUUCUGGCGUCUUUGCAAUCGCUGAAAAGAGUGUCUUACGUGAAAGUCGUCAAGGUCGUUUUGACAUGACAUUUGCCAAAGUGUUGGAUGGUGAGAACGUAAACUCGCAACGUCAAUUGGAUGCAAGAUAUGCUAUCAUGAGCGAAGUUGGUGACCUAACAGAUGCAUUUUUGGGUGAUAUCGGAGACAAGGGUAACGCUCAGCGUAAUCGGGUUGGAUUGCAAGCUGCUUUGAACAAUAGCGAAGCAGGAAAUUACCUUUACAGUCUUGUCUUAUCCGAUCAACCGGAAAAGCGACCCGAGACUGGUGCGAUUCCCGUCGAAAAACGUAAAAGGAAGCUCGUCUUGACUUUGCGUAUGCCAAAGAGCCAAAGUGGAGCAAAGGCUUCCUUGUCUUUGGUUGAAGCAGCAUGCAAUUUGGUAGACGCUUUGGAACUUGGAAAUGCCAAAUUGAACAAUACAACAAUCAACAAAUUACGUCAAACACGUGUUGCUGUUGAUAAAGAACUUACUGAAGAAGCAACAAAGUAUGAUCGUGAAGAUGAAGAAGAAGCACGUCAAGCUGCCAAAAAGAAAGCAGAACAGGAAAAGUUUGAUAAAUUAUCUCCAGCAGAACAAGAAAAGAAGAAACAAGUGGAAAAGAAGAGACAACAAAGAAAGGCACAAGGCAAACAAAUGACAGCACGUUAAAAAGUGGGCAAUUUCAUUGCUUGCAAGAAUUGCCUUCUCCUUCAAUAGAUUGCAGAUUGCAAUUAAAAUGUGCUUUACUCAUAUUGAAAGUGUAAAAAAUGCGCAAAAAAUGGAAUAUAAUUGUUAUAACAGCUA